AUAUUGACUUUUACGGAUGUGAAAAAUUGGAUCAGAAUACACGCAAUUCCAUGCUAGCUGAUCACGCAGUAAUUAAAAUUUUGUCUCGUCUUAUAUUUGUAAACACUGACCCAAGUGUUAUUCUUCCAAGUGUUCAAGUUUUUCGAUACCCGGGAGAUGAAAUCCCAAAGUGGUUCAGCUAUCAAACUUGUGGGAGUUCAUUCAAUAAUAUUAUGCUUCCUCCAUAUUGGAACAACGACGACUUCUUGGGUUUUGCUUUCUGCAAAGUUAUUCGUCAGAAUAAAAUUGACAAAAAUAUGUCCUUUGCUUUUAAGUGUGAGCUGAAUUUCAAAACCAUCGAUGAUGAUCGCCUUUACAGAUAUCAUGAUUAUAUUGGGAUAUUGUUGGGAGAAAAGGCUUUUAGGUCGGAUCACGUGGUCCUAUGGUAUGUAGCCAAAUCGACAUUGCGAUCUUCAAAAUGGAAUAUGAAAUCUUGUAAAGAUUUGGAUAGACUAAAUUGGCCCUCGACUUGUAGCACUGAGGCCUCCUUCCAUAUCUUGCCCUGUGUCAACAACAAUGGAAAUGAGUAUUACGAGAUUAAGAAGUUUGGGGUUCAGUUUGUAUACAAAGAAGACUUAGAGAGAUGUGAUGCAGAAACUGAAAGAAAGAAUAAGAGACGCUUCUAUGAAUGUUGUGAAUCAAGUGGAAGCGAAGCUGUUGGCUCUUAUGAUGAGGAAGAAGAUGAUGAUGAAUCACAUUCUAAGAAACUCAAGGUUAUCUGACUGUCUAGAAGAUGCACAGCAAUUGGAUGUUGACGAACCCAAAAAACAGAACAAUUCCUUGCUACAACUUUGACACAUGCUUUGAAGUUAACUAUGAAAUCAUUGUUGGCUAUGAUGGAUAAGGAAUAGGAAAAUCAAUGCAUAUUCCAUCUCUGCUAAGGCGUUGAAGAAUAUGUGUGUGAGCUAUGCAGACACCACGCCACCUACCUUCAAAUGAAUCGUACGGUACCUUGGAGAAGUUCUCUCUUCGUAGUCUUUCUUCUUAUUUUGGCAUUGCAUUACUUGUUUUUAUGGUAUCAAUAUGAAUUUUUUAAUAACUAGAUGAGCCAUUUUCCAUGCAUUUGCAGAGAAAAUUAAAUUAAAUAAAGGAUAUAUUACCGAAGAAUUAUGAUUCUUAGUUGUUUUUGAUGCAUUUUAUGGGUAAAUCCAUCCUUACAUCUAGUUGGACACUCUUAACUUUCUGAGUAUAAUAUUUAUCUAUUUGAUUUAAUUUCUUAGUUGUAAUUAUUUUCUACCAAAGUGUUUGAUAAAGUAUAUUUUUAAUACAUGGUUGAUCAUUUUUGUGUUUUUGAAUUGUACUUUGCCAUAAUGUAUACUCU